AUGCCCCCAUUCUCCCCUCUCCUUCCCCUUAUUUUCCCCUCUGCUUCCCCUUAUUCCCCCCUCUGCUUCCCCCCCUUCCCCCUCUCUCCUUCCCCUUCAUUUCCCCCUCUGCUCCUCAUUGUUCCCCCCUCUCCUUCCCCUUGUUUCCCCCUUUGCUUCAAUCGUUCUAAACUCUCUACCUCCCCAUAUUUCCCCCUCCGCUUCACCUUGUUCCCCCCUCUCCUUCCCCUCCUUUCCCCCCAUGCUUUUCCUCCCUUUACCCACUGCAUCCCCUCCUUUCUCCACCUGCUUCCCCUCCUUUCUCCAUCUGCUUCCCCUCCUUUCUCCACCUGCUUCCCCUCCUUUCUCCACCUGCUUCCCCUCCUUUCUCCACCUGCUUCCCCUCCGGUCCGCCCCUGCUUGCCCUCCCUUCGCCCCCUACUUCCCCCUUUUUCCUCCAUGCCUUCCCCUCCUUUCACCUCUUGCUUCCCCCCUUUCCCCCCCUUCAUCCCCUCCUUGGAUGGCCUUGCUUGUCCUCCUCUCCCCUCCUGCUUCCCAUCCAUUACCCCCCCUGCUUCACCUCCUUUCCGCCCCCGCUUCACCUCCUUUCCCCCUCUGCUUCCCCCCUUUUCCCCCACGGCUUUCCUUCCUCUUCCCCCCUGCCUCCCCUCCUUUCCCCCCAUGUGUCCCCCCUGCACGCCCCAUGUGUCCCCCAUGCACGCCCCAUGUUCCCCCCCCCCUCCCCGCAGGCCCCAUGAGGCGAUGUUUUCCCCCUGCACACCCCAUGUUUCCCCCAUUCAGGCCCCAUGUUUCCCCCAUGCACGCCCCAUGUUUCCCCCAUGCACGCCCCAUGUUCCUCACCCCACCCCCCCCACCCCCGCAGGAGGCGAUGUUUCCCCCAUGCACGCCCCAUGCAUCUCAUCCCCACCCCGUCUCCCCCCCAUUGGCCCCCCUUCUUCCUCUCAUCUCCUCCCUUGCUCUAUUUCCCCCACUGCCCCCCCUCACUUCACCCUCUUCAUCCUCUCAUUUCCCUUACUGCUCCCCCUCAUUUCCACCGGCUCUCCCCCACUUCUUCCCCCCAGUUCUGCCGGCUUCUCGCGUCACCAACUGAACGCGUCACCAGCAAUUUUUACACGAGGUGGAGAGACGGCCAUGACACCCACGCUAGUUGUAGAGGACGAGAGCGAGGAGCCUGAGGAGCGUCAUCAUGUGGUCAUUGACAUUGAUCCGGAUGCACCAGUGGCUGUUGGUGAUGUCCCCUCGGCCGUCGAGCACGAGGAUGUCGAUGGGCAUGGCGUGCCUCCUGCAUGCGCCCCUACGACCACCCUAGAGAAUGAUGAGGAUCAAGCUCAUGCAAGGUACGUGUUGGUGUGA